AUGCCACCUCCACGACUACGUGUUGCCAUCUGCGGAGGCGGCAUAGGCGGACUCGUUCUCGCCGUUGCCUUAUCGCGAGCCCCGGACAUCGACGUCGAUGUAUACGAAGCGGCGCGCGAAUUUGCAGAUAUUGGGGCCGGCGUGGGACUGUGGCCGCGUCCCUGGAAGAUCAUGAAGGCCCUAGACCUUGCGGAAGACCUGGCUAAAGUCACAUCCGUCCCACCAGAAGACGAAUUGACGGUCGCUCUGGAAUUUCGCAAGGGCGAUGAGCCGUGCGGAGGCGUCACGUUUGGGCAGAUGGUCAUGCCUGGUGGUCUCAUCAGCUUCCACCGACCCGACUUCCAGCGUGUAAUUCUCCAGCGCCUCGCAAGAUCUUGUCGCCCACACACGUCCAAACGCCUCGCAUACUACAUGCAGCCAGCGUCCGCCUCGCAGCCGAUACAGCUGUUCUUCCAGGACGGGACGACGGCUACCUGCGAUCUUCUUGUCGGAGCGGACGGGGUCAGGUCAAAGGUACGGGAAAUUAUGGUCAAGGAGGUUGCGGACGAUCUGCGCGCUCGAGGCGAUUUAUCGGCUGCCUCUCAAGUACUGCGGAGUGCAAGGCCCGCGUGGAGCGGGAUAAUGGCCUACCGGACGACCGUCCGCUCCGAAGCGUUGCAGAAGCAGUACCCGACCCAUAGACUUCUAAGACAGCCAUAUGUCUAUUUUGGCAGAAACACCCAGAUGGUGGCAUACCCCAUCGCACGGGGAUCUCUCGUGAACGCCGCCGCCUUUACCGCGCGGUGUGAUCUCGAGAACACACAACUGGACGCCCCGUGGGUUGUCGACGCGCCCCGAAGCGAGUUUCAGGAGGCGUUCGCCGAUUGGGAGCCGGAAGUGCAAGCGCUGUUUGACUGCGUCAAGACGACCAGCCGGUGGGCUAUACACACGGUCACCCCCCUAGGCAGCUUCGUGCAUCGGCGGGUGAUCCUGAUUGGUGACGCAGCGAAUGCGAUGCUGCCCUUCCAAGGCUCAGGCGCCGGGCAGGCUGUCGAGGACGCAUACAUCCUGUCAGCCUUGCUCACGCACCCGUCGACGACCGUCCGUGACCUCGAGCGCGUCUCCGGAAUAUUCGACACCAUCCGCCGGCCUGCCGCACAGCGCGUCGCGUCACUCUCGCGCGAGUCCGCCCUGCUGUACACGUUUAAUUAUCCCGGCCUGACGCUCGACCGCGACGACUGUCGAGAGGAGCAGCUGCAGAGGAUCCACGAACAGAUGGUUAAUCGCCAGGCAUGGACGUGGGAGACGACUGCAGAGCCUGAUCUAGAGAGGGCGAUUGCGAUGUUAGAAGGCCGUGCGUAGUGGGCGCGCCCGCCAUCCGGAAAUUUCGUUUGGUACAAUGUCCAUCACGAUAUCUUGGUCACGAUCUCUUCAUGAAGCAGCUUCGCUCUUUUCCCUUAGGCUUGUGCGCUUCAAUGAAUGCUUAUCCCCGG